CAUUGUCUCCAGCUUAGCGGCCCCCCCACAAUCGCUGCAGAGCUCUGGCUUUCGUUUCCAUCCUCUAAACCGUGGGGCCCUAUUUGACGCCCCUGAAAACCCUGACUUUCGACCUCGAUUUUUGUCGAUUCGUAUUUGAGAGGAAGCGUCUUGGCCUCGUGAUUAUGUAGUUGACUUUUAUCAUCAUCAUAAUUACAUUCUCGUCAUGUAUGACUAUCAUCAUCAGAACUCAUAGUUAUUGUCUUCUCAUGUUCUUGGGAAAUAUUAGGCAACUUUCCGAAUCGAUUCACAUCAUUGGAAUUGCCUUCUUAUGUAUCUUGGCAUGAUCAUCAUCACCAACAGCAUCCUCUUCCCCAUCACUUUAUAAUGUUCUUUUUCCAAUUACAGGGUCAGGGAAGAGUGAGUUUCUUAUGAUCCGUUGACACCUGGUAAAAAACGCUGUCUGAAGACUAUUUUUAUAAGUACUUAGAAUAGUGCGGCCUACUUAUAGUUCAAAUUCAUCAGGAAGAUUCAUUCGGCAUCAUUGUUUCUCUUGUCUUGUAUCUGAGGAGAAUAGCGCAUCAUCACUUGUUCAGCUAGAUCAUUUUCACGACCACAUCGAUUGAAAGAGAAGCAAAUAAAUCCUCUUCGUCAUUUUUCAAGAACAACCAAAAAAUGUUGGGCGGUGUUUCCAAGCCUGUUUUCUUCAAAACAGCUGCCGCUGUCUUUCUGUUAAGGCUAGUUCGAUCCCGGUGAACGUUCUACAUCCUCUAGCCAGCUGAACAGCGAACGAACUGACUAACUAACCUCCAGCUAACUGACUCACAAACAAACUGACGAACUAAGUAACUAGAGAACUAACUAGCUAACAAACUAACUAACUAUUAACGAACAAACUAAUUAACCACUACCAACCUCUAACAAGAAUUGGAGCAACUACUGGCGUCGAGGGUCGUCGCAAGAUGUUCCACCCUUCUGCCGAGGAGACUCAGUUCUCUGAUGAGCCUGAAGUUCUUGAACAAGAAUCGGCCACACCGGCUCAAGCGCUGCUCGAGAGUGCGGAUGGGGAAACGGUUGGCUUGGUGCUCGUUGACAUCCAGAAGUGCUUCACCGGUGCAGAUCAUCCCACUGGACUGCAGCUCCAGACUAUCGGGGGAGAGGGCAAGUUAUGCUUGUUCCUGUAAAAACCUAUGCAGUUCCUCUCCCUCUCUUACUUCACGGGCAGGGUCAAUUCGGACACAGUCCACAGCGCCGUCACUCAUCUUGCUCGUGAUGCCGUAACUUCUUCAACCUGUGUACUUUCUUCUACACUUACUGCAAAUACAGGGUUAGUAAAGAAAAUUUAACCGGUUUACUUUCCUUCGACUCUUCUAUCCCUUGUUCCAACAACAAACACAGGGUUAGUACACUUGUGCCUCUAGUCUUACUGCUUUCUCGUAUAGGUGCCAUUCCGUGAGUAAAUCACAGGCCAGGUAUCUAAAACCUAACCUUCAUUGAGACUGUUUGAUUUCAUCCCUCUACUAUUCCUUCAGACUUCAUCGGCCUAUGCCUACGCCCUAGCCUUGCAUGUCUACUAUCGUGUAGCCGUGGUCUUUUUUACCCCUGGAGUGGGUACAUUCAUCCGUUCAUCUUUCUAAUCUAGUACUAUCUAUCUUUCUAAUCUUCUACUAGCUUUCUAAUCUCUAAUCUUCUUUUAUCUUCAUUCUAACCUCCUAUUGGUCCACUUGUCCUUCAUCUAACUAGGAGCGACUGAUGUGGGCAUACAGAGGAUAUUACUGAUUGUGAUAUCUCUACAACAACUCUAUUCUUCCACUCUUUUCAGACCGUACCCUGUGAACUAUUCAUAUUUAUAAUAUAUAUUAUAUUUAUUAAGCAGUUUCUACUCGCUCCUACUCCUUCUAAUUUCAAUCAUGCUGCAGGAAAACUACUCAUUUUAACAUAAGAAGAAAAGUCGCUAAGAUUCAAGGCCUACGAGAAUAUUAUAAGAGGACUCUGAUUCUAUGAAGACGAUAUCAUGAAUCUGCACAAAAACAAGACAUUACCUUCCGUAAUAUCUCUACGUCUAGUACUAGUGCUGCUCUAAUAGGAGGAGGUGACAAAUACAAAGCUGCGGUCGUGAAUUUGGUGCGCAAAUUUCGCAAAAAGUAUCCCAAUGGCCCGAUUGCUAUGUUAUGUCGAGCAGGUGUGCAUCUAGAUCAUAUUCAAGCAUUGAGUUCAUCGCUUCAAACCCAAAUUUUAACUGUACUACCACAUUGAUAACUUUUUUGCAUUGACGAACGUUUUGGUUUUCCAUCAAAUGCAUAGGUAGCCAAACUUUUGGCUGUAGUUGUUUCAUCAAAUAAUAGGGACUACCUUGUUCAGACUUGACCAGAGAGGGUUAUACAUGAAGUGCAGGACCAUGGUGAUUACUGAGAGGUAAUUGCUAUCCUGUAAUGACUAUGGACCAAUUCCUGUCUUCCUAUCCUGCAAUGGCAUAAUACCUCACUAUCUCCUAGGAAAGACAUCGUUUUCGAGGAGAAGGAUGGCUCUCCCCAAGACCCCUAUGCAAUGAUGAAAGUAGCCUCUAACUCUUGGACAGGACUACCAUCCUGCUGGGCAUGUCAGUUUUGUCGACGAAGCCAACCGCCGCGGUAACCACCCCUACAACGAAGUUAUGAAAAGGGUUUGCCUGUGUAAUUUAUUUUGAUUAAUUAAUAUGAUAAACAUUCAAAAAAGAGGAGUAAGCUUCUUAGACUCUAACGCCAACGUGAUUAUUAGUUAAACUUUUCUACGACGUCCUCGUCUACGUACGAAAUAUUUCCAGGAAGCUUUUAAUUCUAUUUACCCACUGAUAGAAUUGAUUACUCCCCUACCUUAAAGUACUAGAGCAUAACACAUUGAAAACUGAUUUCUACAAGGUGUGCGUGUUGACGAACAUAGAAGGUUUUGCCGUAGAAGUCGCUUAUAUUCGUAGAGACGCGCCCUGAAUAGCCUCACUGUCCUGAUGAUUGAUUGAUUGAUUGAUUGAUUGAUUGAUUGAUUGAUUGAUUGAUUGACUGAUUGAUUGACUGAUUGAUUGAUUGACUGACUGAUUGACUGAUUGAUUGACUGAUUGAUUGAUUGAUUGAUUGUGGGCUAGGUCAGCGGGAACACAGUCGUGCUCGCACAGUCCAGAGUUGGCCCUGGGUCUGUUUGUUCCUCCGUUAUCCAGCACCGCCGCUCGUUAGACGGCCGCAUAUCAUUGAUUGAUUGAUUGACUGCCUGACUGAUUGAUUGACUGAUUGCACAGACCAGAGUUCGCCCUGGGUCUGUUUGUUCCUCCUUUAUCCAGCACCGCCGCUCGUUAGACGGCCGCACAUCGUUGACGGAUUGAUGGACUUACCUACCUGCUUCUAAUAUGAUAGGAGGCCCAGAACGGGUGGUGCUCGGGAUGACUAGGGAUACGUUUGACUCGAACAACGAGGACUUCCAGAAGGAUCGAGAGCAGACACCAGUGAUGACCGACAAGGCAGCAAACGUACAGACGGAAGAGGGCUUUGUCGAUAUGGAGCAGCCCCUCUUUCCAGGUAUUAAUCUUGAAUUUAUCGACUUUUUGGUUCUUCUACUCUUUCUUGAAGAACAGGGCUCAAAUUUAUCAUCUUAGGAAAAUGAAAAAGGAAACUAUAACAGCAAGGACCCUCCAUGUGUAUGAAUAUACAUCUACAUCAAAACUGAUGCGUCAUUGUAGCUCUCUUUAGUAGGCACGCGUACGCCAAAUACACCUAGAUAGAACGCCACGCUUUUUAUUUUUUAUUUUAAGAAAACACUAAGACUAACGCGCAACACGAUCAAGUAGGUACAUCAUUUUUCUUUUUUAUUUUCGUUCGUAUUAACUAGAGAUAUUACCUCCCUCGUCAAUGUGAAGUCGACAUUUUCUCAUAGUGGGAGCGGUGCUUCUACGUUCCUAUCCCAUGCUAUCCUAUGCUAUCUUAUCCUAUCCUAUUCUAUAGGUUUCUUCUCCACCCCGUAGCGGUAUCUUGAUAUCUUGACGGUAUGUCCCUUUGGUACCACCUUGAUGAGGCCUUUAUUAUCCUGAUAUACACCUUGACUCAUCAUCAUCAACAUUACAGAUCAUUGCAUAGCGGGAUCUCCAGACGUGAACUUCAUUGACGGUCUCUGCGACGCAGCGCAGGGUAUUCGUACUUAAGGCUGUAGCUAAUUCAUUCUUGCCUGUUGCCUGAAACGUAUGGGGGAGUAUCCUGAGGGAAUGCUCUGCCAUAUUUUUCAAGGAUUCAGUAGGAAGAUGAAUUGCGGAGAGCUCUAAUCAAAGGGCGUCGACACCUGUGGUGUGCCAGAAGGUGACGAGAACAAACUUCGCGUCAUCCGUAAGGGUUUCAACAUGGGAAUCGAUUCCUUUUCCAUGGUAUGGCCCCCAGUGUCGAAAUUAUAAGCAAUCUUCAGUUCGUUGUAAGGCACCUCUUGGGGGUCGAGUUGUUCACUCACUCAGCUCCUGGUGCUGUUGGUUAUAAGCACUAGCGCACUAUCUAGCAGCUGGUACUUGAAGUCGUGAGGCAAGAACACAUCUUAGACGAGAGCUGCAUUUUCAUUUUGGCGAAGAAAUUCAAGUCAUCAUCUUUGCCAGUAGUUCUUCAUACAAAGCUGCAAAACCGAUCCUCGAGUUCUUUAUCACGAAGUGAAUAUCUUCGAGUUCGUAACAACUGCCAAGAACAGUGCUUUCUAAUCCUGGUCUUCGACAAUCGCAUGCUAAAAGAUAGUGACGCUCGCAAAGAGUUGAUUGCGGGGGAAAAGGCCCACAUCGCUUCGAAUGGUCUUGCUGAGUGGUUGCAUCGCCAGGGUGUUACAAAGGUCUUCAUUACUGUUAUGGCAGUCAAGCGCAAGAUCAGUGUUACUUUCUUGAAGUAUAAUGAGGCGUUCUGCAAAUCUAGUUUGGCUACUUCUUUCUUUUUUUAUAAGGUUGAGGUAGUUUAGGUCCAGCGACGCGUAAAGCACAUGAAGAAAAGCUGUCCGUCGGCUCUUUUUCCCUCUUAAGUUCUAGGCUACUCUUAAGUUCAAGAUAUUAUCGUGGGCUGAAUACAAAUUGCUUGGGGCCGCACAGUGACUGUCGUGCAAUUGGUGCAGAACAAGUGGUUCACUUAUCAAUAUUUAUCAGUAGAUUAUCUCACAACUACUUACUAGCUCAGCAGUUCUUCUAAGCAGACUGUAGAAUAGACUCACACUCACAUCAUCAGCUUUAAGAACUAGUGCUGCAUCACAACUUUCCUAGUGCUUCCAGAUUUGCUGUCCUCUAGAAGGAGUUGCAAUACUGUCUCGGAAAUUGAGAGGGUGACCGGACUGUUGAAACAGUUUGGCACGGUUUUUUGAGGGUCUCUUACUCCUGGGUCUAUCACCAGUCGUAUUCAUCGUAAUAGUCUGAGUCUCAUAUUAGUCACCGAAAAAAAUCAGUUCACCACUUUCCUUGUCCUUCUAGCGUCCUCUAACUUCGGCAUUGCGGAUGAUUUUUGUGUCAAGAGCACCGCGUUCGACUUGUUGGACACGGAAGCUAUGGCGCAGAUCGCUGACAAGGCCGCAUUCAAGGUGGUCCAUCUGAAAGAAACGGCCUACGGAAUCUUAAGGCUUCAUCUGAAUCUCCAGGAAUUCUUUAAAAAAAUCUGACAGUCAACGUUUUUCUUUAAUCCGACACUCAGCGUGAGAUCCAACAAGAUAGCCUACUUAUCACUGCGAUAGUACUGAUGCACCAAUUUUUCACAUCCUGAAAUUGACCCCCUACACCUCAUGGCAGUCUGAUAGAAAAACUUAUUAUUUACUUAGUGGAUUUGACGCAGAUAUUGGUCGGCGGUACAUCAUUACCGUGCCCCGUGUGGUAUUAUGAUGCAUAAAUAUUAGAGUGCUUUCUUUUAGUUUUAUACCUCUAGACUGGGUACACUACUACUGCUACUAGUGGCGACGGCUCAGAAUCCCAGGCAUUCUUUCCUAUAUGAAAUUAUGAGUUCUAGUAUUAUGACAUGUGAAAAGUGUAAUAGUUGUUUUGAGCUCCUGCUCUAAGAAAUGUUCGUGGCCUGCGUGACCAGGAUCAGGGGCCUCUCGACAACGGGCUGCGCAAGGAGUACCGAGACAGGGAGAUCGAAUUGAGCAGCGUCGAAAAGGAAAAACUCGACUAAUGAGGAAGUGUCGGAGGUUUUUGCUGUUAGAAUUAUAGAACAACAAAAUAAUUUAGAAUGAAACAGGCUCAAGCAGUUUGUUACUUUUAUAAUAGUUAUUUGAUCUCUGAUUGUGCUCGUGAAUAAGAACCGAAGUCAGUGUAUGAUCAAGCAAAUGAUAGGCAGGGAGCUCUUAGUUAGUCUGUGGCGUUGCUUGCAACUUGCUUCACGGAUUUUCUGAGUGAUCGGGUUGAUGUCCGAGCCUUCCCCAGUCUUAGCAGUCGCCUGGAGCAGGAUUGCUUCCACAGACUCGACAAACAGUUUACUACUUCCAUCGCCUCAAGUUCCUCAUCUCGUAUUGAUACUCCCUCGUAGGUUACCAUGGAACAAGAUCAAGAAAAAAUCGAAGGAGUGAUCUGGUUCCUGGAAACGUGAAAUGGAGGAUCAAGCGAGAUCCAUUUAGAUGCGGAGCGUUGCAUUGUUGGACCCCCAUGGCGUUUCGUGCUUGCCUCCGAAGCUCCCAAAGCUUUCGGUUAGGCCGCACAUCUCCGGUCCCUUUUGGAGUGGCCAUUUGGUUUGGACUCCUCACUGUGAGUUUGAAACUUCUUGUAUCGUUUGGAUCAACUAGCCUCCACAAGCUUCGCCCGGCUUCAAAUUUGGCACUUUUCUGCCCCCGACGGGCUACAGCUAGAGCAGAGACGGCCCGCGGGUGAGCCGUUACACUCUAAGGAUUUGCUUCGACACGAGUCGCGUGCCGGCGCUGACCGACUUAGGUGCGUCGACUCAUGGGCAGAGAAUUGUGCCGCCUUCGUUUUUUUUCUGGGAUUGCGUGGGGGUCACCCAAGUUCUUAAGAAUUUGCACGACCCUCACGGCAGUCCCACAAAAAACCCGAAGAAAGCCACCAGACACGCCGAAGCAUCUGCAGGGCCCAAGCAACGCGCGGAAGCGCCACGCGGUGACACCAGGCACGAGUGACUGGGGGGCGGCCUUGCUUGAGGGGUCAAGAAAAGGCAACGCAUGGCCGCGCUGCUUGGGUCUCCCUACGCGCCUACAGCUGGCCGAGCUCCUUCCUCCGUCGGAUGUCUUUCGUCGGAAACAGAAGGGCGCACUUCGCGGGAGAGUGAGGCGCCGCGCUUCGGGCGGGGGCCGGCGCCUCUCGUCAGGCUGACGCCCUUCGUCAAGCUGACGUCUUGCGCCAGGAUGGAGACUGACGCCCUUCGCCAGACAGGUGCCUGCCUUUCGUCGGGGCAGCGCUUUACGAUUACGUCAGACUGGCGGCUUUCGUCGGACGGGCCGGCGCCUUUUGGCAGACGUCUUGGGCCAGGCUGAGACCCUUCGUCGGAGCGACGUCGCGCGCCGGGCUGGUGUCUUUCGUCAGGGUGAAGCUUUUCGCCUGACCGACAUCCUUCGCCGGACCACGGCCGACGCCUUUGGUCAGGUUGAUGGCCAUCUCCAGCUUGGCGCUUGCGCCAGAGAGGGCGACGCACUGACCAGGUGACGCCCCUCGCCAGGCUGACGCGCUAGCUACUUCGCCAGGGGUCUGCUUUGCGUCGGAACAGGCUGAAGCCUUUCUUCGGGCUGCGGGUCUCUUUCGUCUGGUAGAAUUUGAAGCCUUUCGCUGGGCUGGCGUCUCUCGUUGGACGAUUGUCGCCGCCUGGCUUCGUGGCGCAGUUCGUCACACCCACGCCGUCACGCGUUUGUCGUCAGGCGUCUGCCCUCGGCCCUCUCUCGUCCGUCUGGUGUCUUUGUUUUUUUUGUAGGCGCUCGCUGGCAGUUUGUGGUCGUCAGUCAGACGCGCGGCGUCGAACGUCUGUCGCCUGGCGUCUACUCUCUCGCGAGAGGACGUCUUCCGCCAGGAGUUGCGUGGCUUUUCGUCGGACUUCUUUCGUCGGAUCGAUGUCUUUCCUUCAUCGGGCGUCAGUCUUUCGCCAGGCGUCUUCCAUCAGUCAGAGGUGCUGCGCCAGAUGUCGCUCGUGAGACGGUUUGCUUUUAUUCGCGUCACUCAGACGUCUUUCGCCAGAAGACUGAGGAGACUUCUUUCGCCGGGCUGACGUUUUUCGCCCGACUGGCGUCGCUGCUUCGUCAUCGUCAGGGGUCUCCUCUUUUGAUUCGUCAGGCGUCUCUUUCCGCAGGUCUUUCGCCAAGGGUUUUCUGUCAAAGGUAUCUCGUCCAAGGUAUUUCGUCAGAGGUGUUUCGCCGAGGGUCUUCUUUCAAGGGUCAACUGCCAGAGGUCUUUUGUCAAAGGCUUUCACGGAUCUGCUUCCUGAGGUCUUUUGUCACAGGUCUUUUGUCGGAGGUCAUUCGUCAGAGGUCUUUCGCCAGAUGUUUCUCGUCGGACUUCUCUCCCCAGCUUGCGCCCCUACCUCCGUCGGGCAUUUUUCUGGCUUCUUUUGCGAUAGUGUGCCACGGGGCUGAUGCGUAAGCCCCAACAUUAAAACGGCCGAAGACGACCAACCAAGCCUCGAGCUUGAGGGGAAGGGGCCGGAGGCUAUGGGCAAUAGCCUCGGGGGAGAAGCUGAGUAGUCAUCGGCGGGGUAGGCGGUGACAAGUGCUGUGGAUAAUUUAGAUUAACUUACUAAGAUAACAAAAAAUAUAGAUUAACUAAUAAUAUAAAUAUAGAUUAGGGUCGUUUGUUCUUGACUUAGAUAGUGACUUAGAGUACAUUGGGCGGAGUGAUAGGUAGGUCUCAUCCCCCUCCCUAGCUCCCCCUACCUAGUUAGGUCUCCGAUGCGAGGCGUGCUGCAAAUUUAGAUUCGUCCUUCCAAAAAUAUCGCUUUUUUGGAGGGGUGUAGGUCCCGCGACGCUCAAAGCACACAAAGUAAAUUAGCCGGCUAAUAUCCCUCGAUAGUUCGGGGGUUGUUCGUAACCCUAUUCGUAAUAUAUAGAUUAACUCCCGUCUUCCGCAAGUGGGUAACGGGAGGCAGAGUUCUGCCAAAUAAAAAACACGCGACCACAAAUCAAAGUGGCGCAAGAAGAGAAAGACGAGAUCACGCGUUCACAUCUGUAGCGAGAGCGCAGCGAUACUAUUCUGCCAGGGCGCUAAGGCUGAUGCAAAGUGGGAAAUGGAGUCUGUUCGCGAUCGAUCUCUGUGACGCGGAUGCGCCGUCGACUUUUCUUUGUGAGAUAUAUGCAUUGGCUGGCGAGCACUUCGCCAUGAGACUCGGUCAGCUAUCGACUCGAACGCUCCCCCACUCCAGUGAUUCGAAUCGUCGGAUUUGCGUCUAAACAACGGCAGCCUGCGAGCUUGCAGCUGCCCCUAAACCGGCCUGAGUGCGGCGUAGUUUGCCGUCUUGGCCCGGAUGCUUCCAUCCUAUUCGUUGCCUUUGGUUGCGUUGGCUCUCAGCGAGUUCGCCUCUGCCUCGCGCGUUCUGUGUCAUGGUGAGAGGUCUCCCCUGCAGUAAAGGCCCUGGGUGACGAUCAGGGUUCCGCAUACGACUCGCGGGCUGCACGUUGCUGGAGUACCGCCGGGCUUCCUAUAAUGCCUAACUAUAUAGAUUAACUAAUAUUAACUAAUAUAGGUUGAUAGUAUAUCUCAAUAAUAAUAUAGCUUAGCAAUGUAGCCUGAGAAUAUUUUUUUUGGAAUGUUUUAGCCGUCUCCACUUAUGGUAAUUGCAUCAAUGAUGUAGCACUGGUUGUGAGUUGGGCCCCUUCAUAGAUCUGAAGGCAACGGCCUGAUCCGUGGACGAUAGUCCGUUGUUCUGGUGAGAGAGACGAAGCCUUAUGAUGUUGGGAGAAUUAUACAGGCCAUGUACUAGUCGUGCAGGACUACAUUCAUGUAGUCGUGUUAGAUGAGGACAUGACAAAUAUUAUAACCGUAACUAACAGUUUCAGUUUGUUUCUUUGUUUGUUAUUAUAGGAGGCGUUUUUUUGUUGGAGGAGGUUCUUGUUGGUGGAGGCAAUAUAUUACAAAAAAAAAUUAUUGUACGAGCUAGCAUUUAAUUGGAUGGGGAUAAUAUUGGAGGUGUAAGUAUAAUUUUUUAUAAUUGCUAGGUGCUAGCAAUAGAAUACUAAGCUAUCAAUGCUAAUCUAAUUAUAUAGACUAGUAAUUAUAGACACUGCAAUUCUAUUUUUCUAGCACCUGCAACAAUGAAUAAUUAUGCUACCUACAAUUCCUGUAGGAGGUGGAUAUAUUGCCGUGGUUUCUAGAUGAUGAUGAGCUUUGUCAACGAUGAUGAAAGUGAGAUGAUGAAAGUGAGAUUCCGAGUAGAAGAGACGAUGAUGACCUUUUUUGAUGUAUAAUGGAGAGCCACGAGGAAGUGGCAUGGCAUGAGAUGACAUGUCUUACUUUUGAGCAAGUAUGCACAACGACAACUACGUCAAAACAAGUCUUCAUCACAUAAAUGAUUAUUUACUAGAUAUGUUGGCAACAGUCGCGGGUAAUAGGGUCGGAAGUACAUAUGUGAUUGUGAUGUUUUACGAGGACUUCUUGUUAUAUAUGAUUCCAUACUCCCGCUGUAUUCGGACCUUUUACUACUAAGAAGACAGCAACCACUUGCUGGGAGAUAAUCGUAUGGCGAGCUUGAUGAUGGCCACCACUUAGGGGGUCGUCGGAUUCGAAGCACAAUUCAUAUCGGAUAUCAGCAUUUCCGAGUGACAUCCCGCACAACCGUCCUUGGCUCUUUCCCUACAAUGAAUAGGAAAGAAGGCAAGGAAGAUGCACUAGGAAAGAAGCCAGGGAUGUUCUGAGGCAUGUCAUUCCGUAGCGUCUAAUAUUUUCUAUGUUGCACCCCGGUCGACCUGGACUGCUAGAAGUCGUUCGUACGCAGCGAGUGCCGUUAUUGAUGUAAGAAUAGUAUCCCCUUUUUGAUGUUAGAACAAUAGUAUGUAU